AUAAUAUUGAACCACAUCUAACUAAUAUACUUUCAAGGGAAACAACAAGUUCUUUGGAUGGUGAUCCACAAAUAACAAAAAACUACAAAAUAGCGACAAAAUCAUUACUUCAAAAACCAUUUGAUCCCUUUGAUGGAUAUGAUUUAAAACCUAUUGGAACAUGGAAGCCAAUCUCAUCACCAUCACCAACCCCUUCAUUCUCUUCUCUUGAAUCUACUACACCAAUUUUUUUGGGCCCUUAUCCUCGCCUCUUCAUUAUCUACAAUGGAGGAUAUGGCUAUGAGAUAUUAGCCAAGGAGAAAUAUCAAUCAUAUAGAAAUGCUAAAGUUCAUAAUAAACAUUGUAAUAUAAGUGAUGAUGGUUGCAUUGUUACUAAUGAAGCUUGCACCUUGCACACUUUUGUGACAUCCAUCAACACAAAUAGCACAUGUUUUGGUGAACUCCCAAAAGGUGGUACAAAAAUCAAAUCAAAUUUGGCAACACCAUUGGUUUCUACACAAGGGAUCUCUCAAUUUGUGAAGAGGUUUCAAGCCAAACAACAAAACAAUAAAGUAAAGAUACUAACAAAUUGUAAUUGGCUUCAACUUGGAUUUGAGUUGCCAAGUUCUUCUCAUGUAGUCAAUUUGGUGCUUCCACAACUUACAAAUGAUCCUAUCAACUCAAAUUUUGUAUAUCGUCAAAUUUUGGAGGCUUUGGUGAUUUCUUCCGACAUGCAAACAAAUAUUGGAAAAAUACUAGAUGCUUACAAUGAGUGGAAAUUGAGAAAUAUAGAUUUCUCUAAAUGUGAUGUAACAACAAAGCCAAGUUUUUCAUGUAGCAUUGAGAAUAGUAAUUCCAACAUGCAUUUUAAGGAAAAUGAUUCCGUAAGACGAGGAAUUCUCAAAGCUCAACAUCUACAAAAUAUGGAAAAACAAGAUGCAAGAAGAGUAAUAUAUAGUAAAAAGUAUGAGUUGGAUGAAAAGAUUGCAGAGGCAUAUAGACUUAUAGAUGUAGUACAAUCUGAUAUGGAUGAAGAUUGGAGAAUCUAUGUGGAAAGUAAGCAUGGAGGUUUGCAAUGUUUGCACAAGCCUACCAAUUUGUUCCAAACUGAGCCACCUUUUCAUCCACUUUCUACAGCAAGGUUCCUUUUCUUCCAUGCUGAAGAAGGAUUGAGAUACCUUUUCCUUUGCCAGCAAAAAGCCAAUACAGCAAAGAAAUGGUCGCUACAAACAAUGCCUCCUUCUCCCAAAAGUUCAAUAUGCAGCAAUUUAUACCAUCAGGAGCAAAAAAAAGAUGAAGAAACUGAACAAAUAGAAAAGUUUUCAGAAUUGAUAAAGAAAGUAGAGGAACUUUCAAAUGAAGUAUUAGAAUCAGAAGAAGAUGCUAAAAGAAAAUUGAUUGAGGGUGAAGUUUUUUGUAAGCAAGUGUUCUCUGACAUUCUUGUGCCAAAAGAUCCUUUCCGUGACUUUUCUGCUGAGCCAUCCAGUGUGGAAAAAGAAGAGAUUUGUGUAUUUGAUUACCCACCAACUCAGGAAGAAAGACCUCAGCCACGACCACAUCAAAUGUAUGAGUUUACACCAACACCACCUCAUAUGGAACCUGCUCCACCUCCUCGACCACCGCCACCACCACCGCCACCUCCAUUGCCUCCACCACCACUACGUCCACACCACUCCAACUCGGUGCAUAAUUCUCAAUUCACUUUGUAG